UCAUAGAUCUUAGUCUAUUGUUGUUCACGAAAUCUCCAUAGUAUCUUCCGGAAUCAACAAUAUGGCAGAAGUAGGCUAACACCAAAGACACGAGCCACAGAACAGAACCUAGAUUAUAUCGAUGAACGGUAAUUAUAACGCCUGGCAGGAUCAUAGAUCGGAAUCUUUUGUAGUACAAGCCCUCUCGCAGGUCUCUCUCAUGGCUUUCCAAGAUGUAGAGGAAUUCGGUCAGCCCGUGUCAGCCCACGACAUCAGUGCCAACACGGACGUGUCGCGACCAACAGAUCCCGAGUCUAUGGGUAGGAGGCACCCCUUGUUGGACUCUGAGGGGGAGGAUGAAGAUGAUGAGGGGGAAAUCAUCAUAACCUCUUUACAAUUAGACAUGUCCGAACUGACUGCAUCUGACCACUUAGCAAGGGUGGCAUUAGAGGAGGAAGAAGUCACUAUAUCUGUUGAUAUUGAACGCAAGGUUUCCCUUCGGCACUUCGGACUGAAUGUCCAGGAGAACACGGGAGGAUUUGCCCUGCCCAGAGCAGCGAGUCAUAGCGGGGUCAGCCGUACGAACUCCAUGCAGCGACUCAGGGAUAUCUUCUCGUGGAAAGGACGCACCAAAUCUGACACUAGUACUCCGGGAGCUCUGCCCACACUAGACGAGGAAGGGUCAAAACCAGCACCCGAAAAGAGGUCGGACAGGAAAGGAAUAUUUGGGCGAAGGAAGCAACAGAACCGAAACCGCCAACCCGAAACACAACAAACGGCCCCUAAUGUAAAUCUCACAGGCGGCGAGGCACCAGUUAUGACUCAAAAAGUGUUCCAGACUUACUUCCACAACGCUGUAGAAGGAAGGACGUACGUCCCGCCUGUUAAUGAGGAUGAUACUAUAGACUUUUCAAGUUAUAUUUUAUAGUAUAUGUAUAUUUCCGGAACACUUAAAUAAGUGAUAUUGUGACCCGAACAAAGAGGCAUACGGUCUAAACGCGGAUACUUUAGAAUUUUCGUAGAUGUCUUUGAUUGAUAUUUUAAUCUUUACUUAUCGUGUAAUAUCUUCUGAAUACACGCUGAAAUACUA